GAGCCUUCCAUCCCGGAAUGACCUACGGACAGUGCGAAAGCGCGGUACUGGACGCCGCGAGGGACUGGGUCUCCAUAGCGCCUUUCUGCUGUUCUGAAGUGUCUUUGGUCCAACGUUGUUCCAGGUUUGUCACCGUUUGCGUGAUUUAUUUGGAUUUCCUGGGAAUAUAAUUGCUGGUUCAAAAGAUAGAGACGAGGUUUUGCCAUGUUGCCAUGUUAGAGACUGGUUUCAAACUCCUGAGCUCAAGCAAUCUACCCACCUUGGCCUCCCAAAGUUCUAGGAUAACAGAGUUUACCAUGGCUUCCAGGAACACCGUGUUGAUGCGGUUGGUAGCCUCAGCAUAUUCUGUUGCUCAAAAGGCAGGAAUGAUAGUCAGACGUGUUAUUGCUGAAGGAGACCUGGGUAUUGUGGAGAAGACCUGUGCAACAGACCUGCAGACCAAAGCUGACCGACUGGUACAGAUGAGCAUAUGUUCUUCAUUGGCCCGGAAAUUCCCCAAACUAACAAUUAUAGGGGAAGAGGAUCUGCCUUCUGAGGAAGUGGAUCAAGAGCUGAUUGAAGAUGGUCAGUGGGAGGAAAUACUGAAGCAACCAUGCCCAUCACAGUACAGUGCGAUUAAAGAAGAAGAUCUUGUAGUCUGGGUUGAUCCUCUGGAUGGAACCAAGGAGUAUACUGAAGGUCUUCUUGAUAAUGUAACAGUUCUUAUUGGAAUUGCUUAUGAAGGAAAAGCCAUAGCAGGAAUUAUUAACCAGCCAUAUUACAACUAUGAGAACAAUGAAAAGCAGCAGUUAAGGGAACACAGGAAUGAAGCAAAGGCAGGACCAGAUGCUGUGUUGGGGAGGACGAUCUGGGGAGUCUUAGGUUUAGGUGCCUUUGGGUUUCAGCUGAAAGAAGUCCCCGCUGGGAAACACAUUAUCACAACUACCCGAUCCCAUAGCAACAAGUUGGUUACUGACUGUGUUACCGCCAUGAACCCCGAUGUUGUGCUGCGAGUGGGAGGAGCAGGAAAUAAGAUUAUUCAGCUGAUUGAAGGCAAAGCCUCUGCUUAUGUCUUUGCAAGUCCUGGAUGUAAGAAGUGGGAUACCUGUGCUCCAGAAGUUAUUUUACAUGCUGUGGGAGGCAAGUUAACUGAUAUCCAUGGGAACGUUCUUCAGUACCACAAGGAUGUGAAGCAUCUGAACUCUGCAGGAGUCCUGGCCACACUGAGGAAUUAUGACUACUAUGCAAGCCGAGUUCCAGAGUCUGUUAAAAAUGCACUUGUUCCUUAAAGGAAAGUUCAUGUGGCCGGGCGCGGUGGCUCACGCCUGUAAUCCCAGCACUUUGGGAGGCCAAGGUGGGUGGAUUGCUUAAGCUCAGGAAUUUGAGACCAGCCUGGGCAACAUAGUGAGACCCCAUCUCUACAAAAAUACAAAUUAGCCGGCUGUCCUGGUAUGCGCCUGUAGUCCCAGCUACUUGGGAGGCUGAGGCAGGAGAAUCGCUUGAGCCCAGGAGGCAGAGGUUGCAGUGAGCCAAGAGCGAGCCACUGCACUGCAGCCGAGGUGAUAGGAGUGAAACCCUGUCUCAGGAAGAAAAAGAUACAGAAAAAAACAAACCAGAAAGUACCAAAAGUUUCAUUUACUGAGCUACGAGAAAGACUUAGUUCUCAAAAUGAUACAUUUUCAAACUAAUUGGAUAGAAUUAGAGUUCCACCUUUAUUCAUUGUUAAGCAGUGAUUUCUAUUUAGUUAUUAUAUUUAGGAAUUGAAAAUAAAAUAAAAUAAUGUAACUUGAUUUAUCAACCAGACCAAUUUCGAUGUCUGGAGAACUUACUAACUCAAUAUGUUAUAUUUGUUUUUCUCUAUUUAGGUGCAGAAAUGAGAAAAAGGUUUAGUUCCAAUUGACAAUGCAGGUCAAUUGUUCAAUCAGCAUUCCUGUCUUUUAAACCGGUUUCUUUAGGGCACAAUUGUUCCUGGAAUCUCACUCUUGUUUUUCCCAGUAAUUUAAAACAUGUUUCUACUUAAAUUAAGAAUAUACAUGUUAUUAUAUAUGCUGAUGAAACAGAUUUAUGAGAAAAGGUUUUUUAAAAAUAAAUUGUUUCAUCCUA